AUGUACGGACAACUUGUCAAAAAUGCCCAGCUUGCUGCAACAGUCACCACUACUACGUCCGUGGCUCCGAAUAGCACACCGUUGGAGUGUUUCCAGGUUGCUGAGCCUAUCCUGACGCCAUCUGGCGCAAGCUAUCAGUCAACGGACAAUCAGGGGUCGAGCGUGCUAGAAUCCAUUGAGGGAAAUGCUCAGGACUCUUGUUCGGUGGUUCUGAUGGAGUAUCACUUUGCGUCCAGCUACGGCGCCCCUUUUGUUGGCGACUACACACCGCCCGAUUGUGACUUUAACAGGGUCAUCAUGAACUUCACAGUCCAUGUACGAGGCCGACAGUUCGACCGCCUGGCUUUGAUGUAUCUCGGAGACACCGAAGUCUGGCGAACUUCUACGGCAGAGCCAACCGCAACGGGCAUACGAUGGGAGUAUCAUAAGGACAUGACCCAGUAUUUGGCACUCUGGAAAGAACCGCAGACAUUAAUAUUCGACUUGGGAAACAUCAUCAACGACGUUUACACGGGAAUUCUCAAUACCACCCUCACAGCAACUUUCUUUAAGAGCCCAGUCGAGACUGGUGACCACCCACCAGCAGACCUGAUCGUGCCCAUUUCCAAGCGACAAGGUUCUACAGGCGCAGUAAGUCAAUUCACCGUACCUGCUGACAAUGCCACCAAUACCGUCAGCUUCCCGAGAAACGUCAACCGGGCAGUCUUUUCCGUGUCUGCAUGUGGUCAGUCGACGGAAGAAUUUUGGUGGAGCAACGUGCCCCAGAAUGCAAUCGACAGUUUCGAUGCGACUAUUGGUCAAUACUACGGAUAUUCACCCUGGCGCGAAGUCCAGGUUUUCAUCGACGGAAAGCUUGCCGGAGUCCAAUGGCCGUUCCCAGUCAUUUUUACCGGAGGCGUGGUGCCCAGUUUCCACCGCCCCAUCGUCGGAAUUGACGCUUUUGACUUGAGGGAACAUGAAAUUGAUAUUACGCCCUGGUUGCCCCUUAUUUGCGAUGGAAAUGAGCACACGUUCACCAUCCAAGUGGCCGGUCUGGGAGAGGACAACAGCGUAACCUCCACUGUGGGCAGCAACUGGUACGUAACGGGCAAAAUCUUCGUGUGGCUCGACGACGAGGAUUCUGUCACUGUUGGAAAUAUCACCUCAAUCUACAAUAGCGCCCCGGUCGUUUCUCUCACCCAGUCCAUCACCCAGAAUUCCACCGGCGCCAACGAAACACUCGAUUUCGACCUGGCCGUUUCAAGAACAUAUUCCGUCAGCUCUACCGUUAAAUCCCAGAAGAAGACUGGCAAAGCCACCUGGUCCCAGACACUGUCCUACUCCAAUAUAGGUGGUCUCUACGCCUAUGGUUACGACGGGAUCAACACCUUUGAGACCACAGGCCUUGACAUCGCUACGAGCCCGGGUGUGUCGUAUUCGACCAACUACAACUACCCCCUCUACUGCAACGUAACCGAGGACAUCUCCCCCGAGGGCAACCUAACGCUGUGGGCGGAGCUCUACCAAGGCUUGAACCUCGAAGUAGAAGGCAAUGCCGUCUUCCCCACGGGUUUAGAGGCAUUCAAAGCUAUUUCUGAGACGGCUGAUGACGAAUUCGUGGGGUCGGUGUUGAAUACGCACCGUAAUGGGACGGCGUACUUUUACGAAUACGGAAAUUCGACCUACAGCACUGGGUUUGGAUCGACGACGCAGAAAUUCCGGUUUGGGGGACUAAGUAAAGGAGGGAAUGUUACGACGCCGGGAGAGGAACUGUAUUAUCGGGAUGUGACGGCAUCGAACAACACGGUAAUUUCUAAUUACGAGGUGGUGGCUGGUGGGGAACCCAGCAGCUGGACGUUGGCGUCGGCUCCGGACGCAGGGUUGGACGGGUUAGUGAGCGCCUUUCCCCCAUCUCCGAAGAUUGGGCACGGAAUUAAGGCUUUCAUGUCGAGCGGAGACUUGUAG